AUGUACCUCACAUUUCCUGAGCGGUUGGAAACGUUUCAAGAUGGAAAUUGGUUCAAAGAGUUUUUACCACCUGAGGACCUAGCACAUGCUGGUUUCUACAGACCUAACUAUCAAAGUGAUGAUGAUACCGUCAAAUGUGUCUAUUGUGAAAUUGAACAGAGUGGCUGGCAACCGGGUGACGAUCCACUAGUGAGACAUUUAUGUCAGUCUCCAAAAUGCCCCUUCGUAUGCCCUGGAGCGAUUGAUUUAUGCAGGCAAUGCAUGUUUAACGAACGCAAGUUGGCACAUAUGAGACUACCUGCAUCGCCUCAGUACUGUUCUCGGACAGCACGUCAAGAAUCCUUCCAAAAUUGGUCAAAAGAUCUACCAGUACAACCAGAACAGUUAGUUGAGGCUGGUUUCUUCUAUACUGGCACUGGUGAUUCUACAGCAUGCUUCUAUUGUGGUGGAGGACUGCGUGACUGGGAGGUGGGUGAUGAUCCAUGGCAGCAGCACACAUUCUGGUAUCCUCAUUGCAAGUACUUGUGGCUUAAGGAUAAAAUAACGCAUGAAAGACAAUCAAAUGAUGAAAUAGAUUAA